GGCCCUACAUUGAGAGAUCGAGCUGAGUCGUGGAGCGCGCGCUCUUCAGACGGAGGCGCGCGGAGGCAACGGACACGACGACGAUGAGCUCCGGUCGGUGCGACUCUUUCUGAGGGGGAGGAAAUACAACUGGGCUUUUUUUUUUUUUUUUCCUUUCCUUUUUUUUUUUUAAUGAUCAUUUUUUCGGUUGGUUUCUUCCCUUCCAGCGACGUAAACAAAGUGACGGACAUUUUUGGAGAGAGUUUAGCAUUCGGGGUUACAACAUGUCCUCCGCGGCGGUCGCAGCCUCCCGGAGGCAGUCCUGCUAUCUGUGCGACUUGCCCCGCAUGCCGUGGGCGAUGAUCUGGGAUUUUACCGAGCCCGUGUGCCGCGGAUGUGUCAACUACGAGGGGGCGGACCGGAUCGAAUUCGUUAUCGAGACCGCCCGGCAGCUGAAGAGAGCCCACGGCUUCCAGGACGGCCGCUCUCCGGGCCCGGGGAAGCCCCACCACGCCGCGAAGGAGAUAAACCACUCGGCCGGAGACCCGGGCUCCCGUCCGCCGCAGCCGCUGGACCGCUACCCGCUCUCCGACCGGCCCCCGCGGCUGGGUCCGGAGUACCAGACGGGGCGGCAGGCCAACGGCCUCCCGCUGCCCAACGGAUACCCCAAACCCGACGAGCCCCCGGAGCUGAACCGCCAGAGCCCGAACCCACGCAGGACUAGCGCGGUCCCCCCCAACCUGGUGAACGGCGGCAUACCCACCAUACAUCCGCUCAACGGCCGCCCGGCUCAGAUGGGUCUGUCCGGGGUGCUGGCCGCGCCGGGCCCCGGGGACCACGGCAAGCGUCCGGAGGAGCUGAAGGAGAAGCACCGGCCGGACAGCCUGUCGGACAUGUCGGACAGCCACAAGGACUGGAUGGUCAAGGGCAAAACGGUGCGGGACCUGAUGGCGCUGCACACGUUCGAUAGCCGGUUUAAGAAGGACCACGCCGCCAUGCAGCGGGUGAUGGGAUACGAGCCCAGCGCCACUUCCUCUAAAACAGACCGAGGGAAGCACCCACGCAGCAUGAAGAGGAAGGCCUCCCCGGAGCCAGACGGCGAGGGCAGCGGCCACAAGAUGAACGGCGGCGAGGGCCAGCCGUGGCUCCCGUCGCCCUCCGAGGUGCUGAAAAUGCCCCCCGCGGCGGCCCUGCCGGGCUUCUCUUCCGCGCCCCCCUCCACCGUCUCCCCCCACUCCCACUCCCGCACCACGCCCCCCGAGGCGGCCGCGGCGCAGAACGGCCAGUCGCCCAUGGCGGCGCUCAUCCACGUCACCGACAACGCCGGCGCCGGCGCGGGCUCGCCGAAGGACGCCAACCAGGUGCACUCCACCACGGCGGGGGGGGGCGCCCGGCGGAACAGCGGCAGCCCCCUGUCGCCGUCCUCGGCCUCGCAGAGGAGGCUGGCGCAGAGGGAGGGCCCCGCCGCCGGCAACCCCUCCGCCCAGCACGGGCCCGGCGCCAUGGACCCCCACGCGCCGCCGCUGCAGAGCGCGCCGGACUCGUCGGUGCCGCCCGGCAGCGUGCCGCUGUGCUGCACCCUGUGCCACGAGCGGCUGGAGGACACCCACUUCGUCCAGUGCCCGUCGAUGGCGUCGCACAAGUUCUGCUUCCCGUGCUCCCGGGAGAGCAUCAAGCAGCAGGGCGCCACCGGCGAGGUGUACUGCCCCAGCAGCGAGCGGUGCCCGCUGGUGGGCUCCAACGUGCCCUGGGCCUUCAUGCAGGGGGAAAUAGCCACCAUCUUGGCCGGGGACAUAAAGGUCAAAAAGGAGCGGGACCCUUGAAGUGCGGCGGCUGAACACCGGCGGUUCUCAAACUCUUUUUUUUUUUCUUUUGUAAUCCGGCACCCGGAGACACACACACACACACACACACACAUACAUAAAUCAAGACCCCCCCCCCCCAGAGAGACUGAUGGAAAUGUACAUAUUGGACACAAGGGAAGUAUAUACUUCGUAAACAUGGCUGUAUAAUUCUUUUCUUUUUUUUUGAUUCUUCUUUUUAAAUACAUUGUGUUGCUAUAUUUUUGAAGAUAAAAAGGUAUGUACUCUUCAUAACAGCCCCCCCCCCUCCCCCCCCAUCACACUUGUUUUCUUUCAAUCUGUUGGUGUACUUUAGUUCUGGAGUCAGUCCUGUCAAACAUAGAAUGUGACUAAUCUGAGCACUUGGCAAAAAAAAUAAAUAAAAAAAACCCACAAAAUGCUUUUAGCUGUACAUGUAUGCACUUGUUUAAGAACAACUUGCCAAAUACAGUUUCAGACCUUGUAAUAAUA